ACUCACUGCGCCUGCGCAGAGCGGAGAGGAAAGGCGGGGCCUUGGGUAAGAUGGCGGCGGCUGCUGCCGGUGUGGGCCGCCUUGAGGAAGAGGCACUGCGGAGGAAAGAACGGCUGAAAGCCCUCCGGGAGAAAACCGGGCGCAAGGAUAAGGAAGACGGGGAGCCACAGACCAAGCAGCUCAGAGAAGAGGAAGAAGAAGAUGGGAAGCACAGGGGACUCAGGCUUCGGAACUACGUCCCAGAGGAUGAGGGCCUGAAGAGGAGGAGGGUCCCCCAGGCCAAACCAGUUGCAGUGGAGGAGAAGGUGAAGGAGCAGCUAGAGGCAGCCAAGCCAGAGCCCGUCAUCGAGGAAGUGGACCUGGCCAACCUGGCACCCCGGAAACCUGAUUGGGAUCUCAAGAGAGAUGUGGCCAAGAAGUUGGAGAAACUAGAAAAGCGGACCCAGAGAGCCAUCGCUGAGCUGAUCCGUGAACGACUAAAAGGCCAGGAAGACAGCCUGGCCUCUGCAGUGGAUGCCACCACUGGACAAGAGGCCUGUGACUCUGACUGAGGUGUUCUACGCGUCACGUUUGUUCAGCACAUAUGUCCUGCGGGAAGAUGGUCUUAGGCGAGGGUGGGUUUAGGCUGGCCAGCACUUCCUGGCCUCAGGGACUAAGCCAGCCCUGUCAGGUCGCAGCCUGUAUGGGGGGAGACCAGCUUGUCUCCAGGUUUGUACAUAAGUAUGUAUAUUGAGCUUUUUUUUUUUUUUUUAAGUUCUGGAAAUAGAGACAAAUAAACUCCCAUGUAGUAGA